AGCAUACAUGUAUGCAGAUAUAUUAGGGCAGUUGGGUCCGCUAGCAGCGAAGUCGGUCACCUCAAUCGCGACUCUCAGUGAGCCGGAAGCCGGAGCUUGUGUUGCGCGACGUCAGUAAACCUCCCAUGGUGACUAAAAGGAAGAAUCCUCUGGACGAGCCGAUAACAAAGGAAGAGGGGAUUUUGGCCCUUGCUGCAGCCCUACAGGUAGCGUUUCCAUGCGAUAAAUACCCCGGCUUUAAACGCAAAGUUGAUGAGCUUCUUGAGAAGUGCCGGUCAUCUGGCGCCACCGCUGCAGCUCCGGGCCCCCCUGCUGCUGCAGCCGCAGCCACCGGCGCCCAGCCGGCCGCCCAGGCGCAGGAGGACACCUCGCUGGUGGGCCUGAUGCGGCAGAUGUUCAUCGCGCUGGUGGGGCUCAUGAACUCGCAGCACCCGGAGGCAGCUGUGCCCGCCGCCGAGGAGGAGGAGGAGGAGGAGGAGGACUCAAGCGACAGUUCCAGCAGCAGCUCCUCGGACAGCAGUGAGAGCAGCAGUGAGAGCGGCAGCGAGAGCGACAGCGAGGAGGAGGACAUGUCGGGCGGCGAGGCGGGCCCCUCCAACCCGGGCGCCACCGCUGCUGCCGCUCCUGCUUCUCCUGCUGACACCGCUGCUGGCGGCUUCCAGCUGUCGGCCAAGGAGCUGGCGGCGGCGGCUGCGCAGUGGGAUGCGCUGCCGGCGUGCGAGCGGUCUGCCUACCUGGCGCGCAUGCAGCCGCUGGCGGGGGCGCUGGCGGCGCGGCGGGGCGGCAGCGGGAUGAGCGCAGCGGAG